CCGCCCGCUCCGCCCCCGGCCUGCUGGAGAUCAUGCCGCCCGAGCGGCGGCGGCCCUGAGUGCCGAGCACACAGCAGCUCGGGCCGGUCGGCCGCUCGGUGACGCCGCUGCUCCCCGCCCCGCCCGACCCACCCUCGGACCGGGAGGCGCGUCCCCUGCCGCCGCAGGGCGUGGGGGAGGAAGUGGGCCGGCAGCUCGGGGCCAUCUGGGAGGGAGGCGGGGGCGGCCAGUUGCAAAGUUCCCGCCCCGGACGGCGACGAGGCGGCAUCCGCGGUUGAUUAUGGAAGAUUCCCACAAGAGUAACGCUUCAGAGGCAGCCCCUCAAGCUGGUUCAGCAGUUCAGGGAGCUCACAUUUCUCAACAGGUAUCAUCUUUAUCUGAAAGUGAGGAGUCCCAGGACUCGUCGGACAGCAUCGGUUCCUCCCAGAAAGCCCACGGGAUCCUGGCACGGCGGCCGUCUUACAGAAAAAUUUUAAAAGACCUGUCUUCUGAAGAUACACGGGGCAGAAAAGGAGACGGAGAAAACCCCGGAGCGUCUGCCGUCACGUCUAUGUCUGUGCCGACAUCCAUCUAUCAGACGAGCAGCGGACAGUACAUUGCUAUUGCCCCAAAUGGAGCCUUACAGUUGGCCAGUCCAGGCACAGAUGGCAUACAGGGCCUGCAGACAUUGACCAUGACAAAUUCAGGCAGUGCCCAGCAAGGGACGAUUCUCCAGUAUGCGCAGACCUCUGAUGGACAGCAGAUUCUUGUGCCCAGCAACCAGGUGGUGGUACAGACUGCAUCGGGAGAUAUGCAGACAUACCAGAUCCGGACCACACCCUCAGCUACUUCCCUGCCACAAACUGUGGUGAUGACGUCACCGGUGACUCUGACAUCUCAGGCAACGAAAACAGAUGACCCCCAGCUGAAAAGAGAAAUACGGCUGAUGAAAAACAGGGAAGCUGCCAGAGAAUGUCGCAGAAAGAAGAAAGAAUACGUGAAGUGCCUGGAAAAUCGAGUUGCAGUCCUGGAAAAUCAAAAUAAAACUCUAAUAGAAGAGUUAAAAACUUUAAAGGAUCUUUAUUCCCAUAAAAGUGUUUGAUUCUUGAGAAAGAAAAUAUUUUUGUGGACUAAAAGUUAGUUGGGUUUAUUUUUAGUGGAGUUGUAUAAAUUAAAAGGUCAAAAGUGAAGCUUUUUAUUUAGGUUUUUUGCAUUGCAAGAGAUCAAUUAAAACAGGAUUAAAUGGAGAACGACGUCAAGGAAGCCACGGCCCCACUG